AUGGUGUCCGACCCAUUCCCUGAAUUCUGCGACAAGUUGAAGGACAUGGUGUCCACAAAUACUGACGAGUGGUCAUUUAUUUCGUCGGUUCCAGCAGAGACCACAGAGGUCGACGAGCCUCAAAACGCGGAGGACUCGUCCAAUGUCCCUGAUCUGGAAGCCAUUGUUCAGGAGACCGAUUGGGACCUUCCGCCUAUUGAACCACAGGAGAUUUUCAGCUUCGAGAGUAUAAAUUCGGAGACCAAUGGCAUGGGGACGCCACUCAGAUCCCCGGAAGGCAUCUCUUCUCACCAAGAGCCUGCGCAAGAGCCCGAGCACUUCAUGGGGUACCCAUGGCUGACUCAUCCUGCCUCAGAGCCCUACCUCGGUCUGGCCUACGCUCAUCAACCCCACUACCUCGACCAAUCAAAUACCACUACUACCUCGAUGUACUGGUAUCUAAUGGGCCUCAAUCACAACCCGGCUCCUCACAUGCCCUAUAUUGCACCUUAUGGCGUAACUAGCGCGUACAUGUCUGGCCUACCAUACGUAGGACAGAACAUAUUUCACACCAAUUACGUCAACAGCGGCUUCGGAGGUAUCACCGCACCCGCUGCAGACAUGCCCCAUCCUCGUUCCAAGAAGGCCCGCACCAGGUUCCGGCAAUCCCACGUCAUCAGGAAGCCGAGAACUUGGACGCCCGUUGCACGAAAUUAUCAAUGCAACAAUUGCCAUGAAUGGUUCUCGCGCAGCGGCGUGCGCGACCGCCACAUCACAACAGGGUGCACCAAGGGCAAGCAGAAGGAGUGGCAAUGCCCGAUCUGUCUCAAAAUGUACUCACGCACCGACUCGCGCGGGAGGCAUUGCCACAGCCAGCACAACAUGUCGUACAGGGAUGCAGUGGAGUGGGUCAAGGAAAGAAUGACCAGCAGGGAUCCGAGCGAGAACGAAGGCUCACCUGCACCGCCCGAUGACUACUAG